UUUAUAUAUGCAAAAUGUAGUUUUACAUGAUCUCAUGUGAAGCCACCACGUUUCAUUUACCCUCCGUGUAACCUCACCGACUUUGCCCAGUUUAAGAUAUGGCAUCUGAGUGCUGUCUCAGUCUCACCAAAUACUUCCUCUUUCUCUUCAACUUGAUAUUCUUUCUCUUAGGAUCUCUCCUCCUAUCUAUGGGACUAUGGAUACUACUUUCAGAGGAUAAAAUGUUCAAGAUUUUUGAAGUGCCUCCUCCUCCCUACAUUUCCAUCCAUCUCUUGUCUUACUUGUUGAUCAUCAGUGGCUCUGUGACCAUGUCAUUAGGCUUCUUAGGAUGUCUAGGUUCUCUGAAGACUGUCAAAUGCCUGCUGGCAACUUAUUUUAUCCUGCUCACGAUUCUUCUCGCGGCUCAGAUAGUGGGUGCGGUUCUUUUCUACACCCAGAAGACUGAGCUGGCUGUUUCACUACAGGAUCAAACUGUUAAACUAAUAAACUCAUUUGGACAAAAUAAUUCCAGUUUCAAGAGUUUUGAAACAACUCUACUGGAUAUUCAGAAGAAGGCCAAAUGCUGUGGUUGGAAUGGAAUAAAAGACUGGGGUAAAUCUAUACCCUGUUCUUGCUACGUCAAUGCUACUGUCAAUGCGACAUAUGAAAUAAAAGAUCCAAAAUGUUUCACGUGUUCCUCAAAUAGUUCCUGUUCAGAUGGGAUUCAUUAUGAGGGUUGCGGUGAGAAAAUAAAGACAUGGCUGGAUGAAAAUCUUCUCUUAAUUUUGGUGUUUAUUUUGGCCAUUUGUGUGGUGGAGAUAUGUGGUAUGAUCCUUUCGAUGUGUCUGUAUAAAGAGGGUUCUGUGGAGUACAACACAAUUUUCUACUAAGAUGACCAAGAUCAGUGAGUGAGGGGGGAAAAGUCAAGCAUUUGCUUUCUGUCAUUCAUUUGUAUGAUGUUUUUGAUGUAUGAUGUUUUCCUUGUUAUUCCGAUGCUAUGUGUUUUUAUCUGUUUAGGGAAAAGUACAAAUAAUUUGAACCUGUUGAAAUAAUAUUUAAAGGAUAUAAGCUUUUAUUUCUUAAUUCUCAGAACAUGUUGCAUGUGACCAAGAAUGUUCUCAUUUGUUCAGUUUAGCCAGUGGGUGAGAAAAACGUUAGGGUGAGGCAGUAUAAUAUUUCACCAUUGUUGUGCACACAAAGCAGAUAACAUCAAUACUGAGGCAAUGAGUGUGAUACUGUUCACAUAACAUGUAUUCUACAUGUAAAAUAUUAGAACUCAAAUUUUCCUUCAAUAUAUAUAUAUAUAUAUAUAUAUAUAUAUAUAUAUAUAUAUAUUUUUUUUUUUAUGUAAGGUGACAAGUAGUAUAGCAUGUGGCUUUUAAAAAAAUUUUAUCUUUUGAAUUGAAUCUUUAAAGUGAAUUGUGUAACACACUUUGUAAAACAGGGUAAUUGUAAUAAAACUGCUGUUGCUAAAUGGAAAAUAAUAAUAAAAAAUACGUUAUAAAGUUA